UUUGCCCCACGCCUUAGCGAUGCAGUAUACCAAUUAGGAAGGUGUGUAUUCGGAGUAAGCUUUGUUUCAGCUUUAAUACAAUAUCAUGUAGGUAAGACGAAUAGACCGGCUUCUUUAGAAUUAUAGAUUUCCACCUGGCAAGAAAGAGAGGGUGUGAAGGACUAGAACCUCUCCAAUCACAUUUUCGAAGGGGCUUAGUAAAGCCCUCCUCACCCCCCUCAUGCAAAUUAUGAAAGGAAGUUUCUUAUCAUUAAGAAGGAUACAGGUCCUGGGGUCAAUACCGGAAGGUUUAGGUUGCGGGGGGGAUCGAAGCACGCCUUAUAAGCUAAAAACGUUCGUAUGGAGUAGCAUCGAUCUGAUUCCCAUAUGGUGGAUUAACUUAUCUGAACACCCGAUCCACUUCCAGCUCCCUGGGAGGUACGAUGGAAUAUGACGGACGCACAUCCCAAUGCCCAACUCCCCAAUAUGCCACACUCGCAAGCACCUGCGCGACGAAACAGAAGUUUGACAACGUCGAAACUACGAUAUAGUUGUCACGCCUGUGCAUUGUCCAAAGUCAAAUGUCCCAAGGAGAAACCAUCAUGCUCGCGAUGCCUAUCUCGCGGCAUCACAUGCGAGUAUUUUGUCACGAAACGACCAGGACGCAAGCGAGACAACAGUCAGAGCCAGUAUAUGAGCAACAACAAUGGACCUUAUGACACAAACGAUUUAUUGAGACAAUCAGCUCUAAGUGGACAAGGGCCGUGGUUGAGUAGCAACACAAAUACUACAUUGGUCGGCACCAAUAACUAUAUGUCUCCUUCGAACCUCAUUGCAACGACUCCCCAACCGGGCAACGUGUCUGCAGCCGAGUGCUCGUCUGCCACUUCGGACGUCUUCUCGGGCCUAUGGAUGCCCCCCGAGCCCUGCCUAUCCCCUACACUCGCGGGGCUAAAUAAUGAGUUCAACGACUUUUUCACCUCACCCACUGACGUCCUUGAGCUCGAAACACUGGAAUACAAUAGCCACAACUACAAUCAGGGGCGCAAUGACAUUUCAAAGCUUCUCAUACCCGAUGACAUCAACCACGAACUCAUCUCAGAAAUAUCCUCGUCCGACCGCCCAAAUGCAUCCAAGGCCUCGUCGCCUUCUCCGAACGGCCAAGCGUUGUUAACGCAAAGUGAUACUAGUGUGAGCCUCGCAUCAGACUCGGCCGGCUGCUGUUUGAUGCAAGCUUUGGAUCUCCUGAAAAACCUAUCCUCAACUGCCGCGACCAAGCCAUCAACCUGCCACCUAUCAAACAGUCCGGCUGAUUUCGUGAAACUGUCCCUCGUGAAUCCCAACGGCAGUAGCAACAGUCGUCACCAGUCUGUUCAGACUGUCGUCCAGGAGAACAGGGAGAUAAAUCAGGCAGUCAGCAACAUGUUGCAAUGUUCGUGCGCCGAGGAUGGAUACUUGUUGACCACCUUAUCCAUGAUUCUCUUCAAGAUUCUGGGGCGCUAUGCAGUGGCGGCACGAAUGGAGCCACAGCCGAGGGAACCAAAAGCUCUUGAGAAUAGAGAUGGCAACAAGUCAAACGGCUCCAGCAGAAGAGCGUCCUCCACACUAGAACAGCAGAUGAUACAACUUGGCAGUAGCGGUAGUAGUAGCACCAGCACAAGCUGUUACGGCCCCGACGACCAGGAUCUCGGUCGCAAGGACACCCAGCUUAUCUUGAGCGAAUUACACCGCGUGCAGCGGCUAGUGAACGAGCUAUCGCCGAUAUUCAAAGCCCACGGACUGGGAGCUACAAAGAGGGGGGGCUACUGCCAAAUUACAUUGGGUUGGAAUGGCGAGAGAGCAGCAACCACAUUUUCUGGGACUAUCUUGGAUCAAAUAGAGGUAGACCUGCGUAGGUGCCUCAGCGCACUGUCAUCUGAGAUCAUCAAUACGCUACGACACAACUAGCAGAC